GUUUGUGACAUGAACUUUUCACUACCGCAAGAUGGCAGCGCCCAGUGUUUUACAAUCGGCGGACCGAUGGCUUUCCGAAAUCUUCGAAUUCCGCAAAAAUCCCGCGGCGUUUUUCACUACAAGGCAAAUCGAGGAUGGCGAGUUUGUUAUGGAUAUAUUGCAAGCAAUGUACUCCGAUAAACUUGGUGACUCUAUCAGGAUUGUUCUACUCUCCACCUUACAAGAAAAGUCAUCGUGCUUAAUGUCCACACCGGAUAGUAUCGAGCAGACGGUCGGCUCCUUGAUGAGUAUGUACGACCAGACAACCAGUGAAACGGCCGCGUUCUACAAGAGCCAGUUACUUGUCACCAUGACGACGAUACUUUUGGAAUCAGGGCAGCUGGAAGCCCAGCCGAAGCUCUUUACAGACUUUGUGGAACUUCUUCUGGACACAGUGUCAAAGGUCAACAGCGCAGUGGAUCGGACCGUUCGUGGGACGGCCUGCCAGUGUCUGAAUGAAAUAGAAACGAUGCAUCCAGGUAUUUUGAUGAGGAAAUUGGAGCAUUUUUACGCCAUGAGUCAGCUAGAAUGCACCCAUGUCUGUCAGAAUUAUAUGGCGUUGUUUGUGCAGGUUCUGAAGAAUUCCAUUUACGUAUUACUGAGAAGUGGUGAAAGUAUUGAUAGCAGUGAAGUGACCGAUCUGCUGUGCAGUAGGACAGAACCGCUUAAGCCUCUUACGCUCCCGGAAGAUUUCAGCAACAAAAUGUUUCAACUCGGAUCACCAAAGGAUUCAUCCGUAAGAUGUUUCUCAGAGGAUGUCGAUAGUAAAGAACUGCUGAGAUGUCUGUCCUUCCUGCUGGAUCAUCUUUAUCUCAUGACGAUGCCCUGUGCAGUGACGACGCUCCUCAAACUCAUUGACUGCAUGGUAACAGCCCCCCACAUUGCGCCUCAUAUUCUGAGGCCGUUUGUGACACGUGUUGAAGCUACACAUGAUGUGACGUUAUUCCAUGCAUUGCUGAUACUCAAGCAUAAGUUUGGCAGACAGCUCAUGACUGACGCCGAAGAGGAAUUACUCUUAGACAGACUAGUCUCCUGCUCCAGUCACCCUUGCCUGACACCAGGACAUAGACUACUCUGCUAUCAGUGGCUGCUCAACUUCCCUGAAAACAAGGCAUCCGAUUUGGAAGAUACCAAGAGUCAUUUACCAACUGGGUUGGACUAUACCAAGACUGCAUCCUUGUACCCAGGGGUGUUUGAUGGACUGGACACCACUCUCAUUAAGCUCAAUCUACUGAGUCUGUGUUUUACGCCCAGCCAUGUACAAGAUUCUGCUUCGGCCACUCUAAUUGGUUGCCUAGUGUCGCUACAGAAGUCCAUUCAUUAUGGCAUCACGGGACGCCCAGCAAUCACGUUGUAUCGAGCUCUUUACUUGUACUACAGACGACACUAUGAGACUGUACUCAGAUCUGAUAUCUACAAGUUGAUUGUAACCAUAGUGACAGAGCAACCAAAGUUUGUGCCUCACACUAUCAACUUCAUCGAAUGCAUCAACAGAAUCGACACAAAAGAUUCUUUUCCUACGGAGCUGCUGCAGUCGUCGAUGGAGAACAUUGUCUCCACACCUCCUUCAGAUGUCUUGGAGGAUUUGGAGUUUCAUCUUCUCCUGCUCGAGAAAGUUUGCAAGGAGAAAAGUAUCUCUCCCAAGCCAAUAGUGGCGUUCCUUCGUCAGCUGCUCACCUCCACGUCCAUCGGAUCCAAUGGUAGCUGGUUGCUAGGCAACUGCAUCCUGUCUGUGUGUCAUAGCAUCAUGCAGCAUCAUGAUACGACCGAGAUCUUUAAAGAGCUUGGUCAGUUACUUUACGAGUUAUUGACUAGUUACGGUGAUCUAGACAUCAGAGACAGAGCACGGUUCUACUAUGCAAUGCUCACCAACAUCUCAAGCCAAAAGAUUUCCAGCAUCCUAUCAUCAGCUGGUACUACUCACAGCUUGACCAGACUCGUGACUGGCAGCUCCAACUUUGACAUUCCAUCACCGGUGCAGAAACUGCAGCAACCGGUUCUGUGUCUGACGAGGAUUCAGAGGAGACCAGAAUACAUGACAUUUGCUUGCUCUAAUUGUCAGCAGUACCUUCAGAAUCUGCAGUCCAAUCAGAAACCACCUGUCAUUCACAUGGACUACUACCUGCAUUUUACGGAGGUAAGCUCCACACGAUCUGUAGACAAACUCUACUCACUGGUUCUACAUGUUGACAUCCCAAAGAGCUAUAAGGAAAUACCAGAUGUGUCACUGUCUUGCCUCACGCUGGAUGAAUCUCAACAACCAUCAGAUACGUGCCAAGUCAUAUCCUUACAGAUCCAACCUCUAGAACCUGUGCCAUCAAAACUCCCUGUCAGCACAGUGUUUAUGACAGCCGAUGGCCAGACGUCUACUUGUAGUCUCUCUCCAGUCCACAUUCAGUUCUCAGAUCUCUUCUUGCCUCUGCCUGUCAGUUCAUCCAACAGACCAGGAUUGUUUGACGACUUGUGGAAGUAUAUGCAAGAUCACAGCAGCAAAACGUGUGCUGAAUCGGUCUGUACGUUACUGCUCAACAAGACGGCCAUGUUGGAAGUAAUACAAAACCAACUACAAGAGUACAGAAUUGAUCAUGUUGACAAAGAGGAUGACACCUCAAGGAUAGGAAUCUUUCUUCCACCAUCGUGGCACCUGCUGCUGAAAAUUACUGCUAAACAAGAUAUGACAGUGGUCGCCAUAGCAACUGACAACUGGAAAACCUUGCCACUGGUCAACACGUUCUUGCACGAGUUGGAGGAGAGUCGGGCCAGAUAAUUGACUUCAGCUCAGGUGGCUUGCCAAACAAAUCCUGGGAACAAGGAUUAAUCUACACGCCCUGAAAUUGGAAAUUAAUGAUGGUGAUUCUCUGUCAAAACUCGGGGAAUGCAUUUACGGGUAGUAAGGAACCGGGUACCCAAUUGAAGAAAAAAUGGGUACCCAGGGUAUACAAAUCUCCGAAAAAUACAAAUCUCGGAAGUUGCUGUGGACCCAAGAAUAUACGAGCAUACCUCAUGGAUGCUGUAUUCAAGCUAAUAUGUGCCUUUAUUGGGGGAAUGCUUGGAAUUUCUGGGUCCCUGUGUCCAAGUUCGGAAGUCUGGAUUUGAAUCAGUUGGUAUAUAGCGCCCUCUACCAUUGCAGCUUGACUGCACUUUUUAAGAACUGAUUGCAUCAGGUGAAAAAAAAAAAAUCCCGCUAACACACGCCUUCUUGUUCCGUAGUUGUGGGGACAUACACUCGUCGCCACGAGGUAUUUGUGGGGACCGAAAAUGCUGUGGGGACAGCAGAAAGUCCCCAUAACUCGGUCCUAAUUUGCCUAACAAUAAAAAACGUCCCCAUAACGCGGUGUAGGCCUACCCACCCAUACUUGUUUGGUAACUGUGGGUACUACACAAGUUGUCCAAUGGUAGUAUGGGGACCGAAGACGCUAUGGCGACUUUAGGAAGUCCCCACAACUCGGUCAUAAAUUGCCUAACAAUAAAAAACUUCCCCAUAACGCGGUGACGGCCCACCCAUGUGUACAUGCAUGUGUACAUGUACAUGCAGGAUUCACCCUCAAGUGACCAUGGACCGCAAAAAAAAUUGUCUGUUUUCAUACCCCAUUGUCAUGGAAUUAGUGGAGUCAUCAGUACGUCUUAAAGAAAUUAUUUCAUUGUUUAAGGACAUUAUCAAUUGGUUAUGAAUAAAUAUAUAUAUUUUGAUAUUUGAAACUUAUAAAUCAGUUUAAGUAAGAAUUGAGGCUUUGCCUGGUGGAGAUACUAAUGAAUGAAAGGUUUGUGGAAACACCAUGUGGAAAUUAUUUUUCAACUAAGAGAAUGGU